AUGCCGGGCGAGUCGGAUGGGGACGCCGGAUACAGCGCCCCCCGCUAUAACAAGAGCUCCUCUUCCGCGUCAUCGAUGACCAGUAGCGGCAGCCUCUGCGGCCGAUGCAGCAGCUUCUCUCCCCGCGCGUCCUCCGCCUUGGACGUUCCUCUGCAAGCUGCAACGGAACGAGGGCUCUCCCUGUUGUCUGAGAAGCCGCCGCCAAAGGAAUCGGCUGCCGAAGAUGGCCGCCGCCUACUCUCCCUCCCUUCUCGGAAGCCCCACCGCUCAUCCGAUCCCGCCUGGGCGGCCAUCCGCAGUAUCGGUGCCAUCGUCGGCCCCAAGGACUUCAAGCUUGUCCGCCGCCUUGGUAGCGGCGACAUUGGGACGGUCUAUCUCUGCCGUCUUCGGGACGAUCUUCACCGGCCGGAUUCUCCGUCCUUGCCCUCGCCGCCGCCGUUCUACGCCAUGAAAGUUGUUGACAAACGAGAGCUUGCGAAAAAGAAGAAGCUGGGUCGGGCAGAGGCAGAGCGUCGCGUCCUGAGUGCACUCGACCACCCCUUCCUCCCUACGCUCUACGCAGACUUCGACGCCCCUCCGCACUUCUCCUGCGCCGUCAUAGAAUUCUGCUCCGGCGGCGAUCUUUACUCCCUCCGCCAUCGCCAGCCAUCCAAGCGCUUCCCCCUUUCUGCCGUGAGGUACUUCUCGCUUCUUAGUUCAGCUAAUUUGAUCAGAUUCCUUGUCUGCUGAAAUUCACUGGUUUCUGCUUAUUUCUGCAGAUUCUAUGGGGCGGAGGUGCUCCUGGCGCUGGAGUAUCUCCACAUGCUUGGCGUAGUCUACCGUGACUUGAAGCCGGAGAACGUGCUGAUAAGAUCAGAUGGUCACAUCAUGCUCUCAGACUUCGACCUCUCUCUGGAGUCAAUCGCUUCCCCUGCUGUCCGAUAUUCUCCCGACCGUUGCGGCGGAGGCACACCGUGGUUACCCAAGUCCAAUGAGAGUCGGUGGUCGCUGUGUCUUCCUCAGCGGCUGUCUCGUUUCAUGAGGCCGUGGGGGGGCAAGGACCCGAGUCGGAUCGGCCCCGACAGUUUAUCUCGGAGCCGCUCUACGAGGUCUUCUUCGUCGGCGGCUGGCCGGUUUUUCGUGGCAGAGCCGGUGGAAGCGCGUUCCUGCUCCUUCGUCGGCACACACCAAUACGUGGCGCCCGAGGUAGCCGCCGGCGGGGCCCAUGGCGCCGCUGUCGACUGGUGGGCCUUCGGGGUUUUCCUCUACGAGCUGGCUUACGGCUGCACUCCCUUCGCCGGACCUACCAACUCGGCCACACUCCGUAAUAUUGUGCAAUCUCCGCUGACCUUCCCACAGCAAGCGGCGGCGGCGGCGCCUGGUGAGGUCAGAUUGAGGGAGCUGAUCUCCGCGCUGCUGGAGAAGGACCCAGCGGCGCGUCUUGGUUCCAGCUGCGGUGCAGCGGAGCUGAAGAGCCACCCCUUCUUCGAGGGACUCAACUUUGCGUUGCUUCGGUCGCAGCCGCCGCCGGUUGUGCCCGGUGCGCCACCGUGCUCCGCUCGUUCGAAGUCCUGCCGGGAGCAGCACCGUGGGGGUGCUAAGUCCCACCGGUCGUCUUUUGACUUCUACUUUUGA